ACCGGAGGUAUCCUCAUGUCCAUAGAGAUGUGUCACUUUGGCAAUGUCAUAGACGGCCUCAAGCUCAAUGCCUUUGCUGCCAUAUUCACUGUGCUCUCAGGUCUGUUGGGUAUGGUGGCCCACAUGAUGUUCACCACAGCAUUCCAGCUGACUGUUAGUCUGGGCCAAGAGGACUGGAAACCUCAAACAUGGGACUACAGCUGGUCAUACAUUUUGGCGUGGAGCUCCUUCACAGCCUGCAUGGCGUCCUCAGUCACCACCAUCAACCGCUACACCAAAACCAUCCUGGAGUUCAAGCAUAAGCGGAGGAACAUUGAGAAGAACUUGAAGAUCAAGCAGAAGUUGCUGGAGCUGGACUCUCCGGAGCAGGUAUGGGACAUGUACAUCAGCUCUGUGCCAAACACGGCCGAGGAGCUGCUGGAUCUGUCAUCUAAUAGCCGCAAACUCUCCAACACCUCCAUCUUCCUGGACCUCAAUGACCUGCCGGACCCACAGGGAGAAGAGUACUGCUAG